AUGGCCAACAAGACCACCAGCGCCCUCUCGAUCGUCAUCUAUCUCAUCACCUUGAUCAUCACCAUCGUCGAGAUCACCAAAGCCAAGCUCCUCUACGAUGAGACCUGCUCCCUGUGGUCGUGCUGGGCCAUCUUCAUCGUCGCCUGGGCGCUUGCCAUUCCCGUCGCCUUCCUCUCUCUGCUGCGCGAGAUCUUCGCGCUAGUCUUGUCUCGUCGCAGCAGCGCUGACCACAAACCAAGCCGCGGCCGCCGCAUCUUCACCAUCGGCAGCGCCGUCGCCGUGUUUGCGCUGUGGCUGGUCGUGCUGGUCAUCGGCUGGGCGCCGAUCCGCUUCCCGGCCGGCGCCUACAGCGACGGGACCAACUACUACGGCCCGCCGCCCGACGUGACGGGCGUCUUCCGGUACGUGCGGGCACUGUACGAGGAGAUCAUGCCGUCGUAUCACGACGGGUACACGGGAGAGGCCAACGACCUCUUUGUGCUGGCGCGUGCGGGAUACGGCGCGGCGAUUAUGGCUACAAUUAGCUUGUCAGUUCUCCUCCACUCACCCAAUGACGAAUCGAUUGUUCGGUGUGAAGGUCGAUGCGCUAACGCACGCUCUGCAGCGUUUGGUCUCUUCUGA